CAGCUGUAUCUGCCUUUGUCGGGAAGGGCGCUCAAAACCUCCGCGGAGCCUUUAGCCUUUAGCAUGCCUGUUGAAAAAAGCAGUUGUGUGGAAACAGAAGAGUUACGAGGGAUGGGGUUGAAAAUUAGCCGCGUGAGUUCCUGCCCUGUGGCUCCAGCAUCAGGUCGCUUCUAUUCCUUUGAGAUAAGCAAAGUGAGAACUGAGCUGACGCAACAACGCAAGAUCUAAUGACCGGGGAGGAGCGGUGCUGCUUACCUGCCAAGGAUUGUAAUUUCAGAUUACGCAGAGGAACAGGAGACGCUUGGCAAUCGAAUGUUUUUCUAGGCUUUGGAUAUUAUUUGGGAAGCCACCGAGCGAUGAAGGGUGGGCGGAAACCCAGCCCUGCACGGUUCCUGAUUCUCGCCGGCCUCUUCAGCGCUGUCCAAGCUCACCCCGUCAAAGCCAACGUGAGUUUAGUCUACUUCAACGCUUUCAACCAGAGCUCGACAAACAACAGGUGUGAGUGUGGCAUGUUCGGAGUCCAUUCUCCCGUGGCGGAGGCCCGAGGGCUGGUUGUGUUUUCCAAUUCUUCGAAACUCCAGGCUUGUAUGUGGGACACUCAUUUCGCCCCUGCUGUGUCGCCCUGGAUUGCCCUCAUCGCAAGAGGCAACUGCACCUUCACGGAGAAGAUACAGCGGGCGGCUAAACUGGGUGCGGUGGCUGUUGUCGUCUAUAACUAUGCAAAACACGGCAACAAUACAGUCCACAUGUCACAUCCCGCUCCUGAUCUCAAGCCUGUAUCCAUUGAUUGCUCUGCCCACAUUAGUUCCAUGUAGAAUUCAGAGAGCCAUUGCUGACCGAUUAUGAUAUGAAUCUCAUUGGAGGAUGAUGGCAGCAAUAUAGCCAUCGAAAGCUAGGUUAUUUAUUUAUUA